AUGGGGCUCAACGAGGAAAAAACCACACAGAUUGAACCCGCCACGUCGGGGGAUGGUGGUAGUAUCCAUGAAGGGGAGAGCAUGGGGACCCUGCAUCGCCGGCUCGGUAACCGUCAGAUCCAGCUGAUCGCUGCUGGUGGCUCAAUUGGCACGGCCCUGUUCAUUAGCAUUGGCGGUGGUCUCGCUAAGGGUGGCCCUGGCAGCCUGUUUAUUGCCUACACGCUUUAUUCCUGCAUCCUCGGACUGGUCAAUAACUCGAUCGCCGAAAUGAAUACAUAUAUGCCGGUGUCGGGGGGCUUCAUCCGCCUCGCUGGUUACUGGGUGGACGACGCUCUUGGAUUUCUUGCUGGGUGGAAUUUCUUCUUCUAUGAAGCUUUCCUGAUUCCAUUUGAGAUCACGGCGCUCAGCCUGGUCAUGUCUUUCUGGAAUGAGACUGUCACGGAACCUGGCCCCACGGCCGGUAUCUGUGCGGCUGUUAUUAUUUGCUAUGCCACGUUGAACAUCCUUGCGGUUAAAUUCUACGGAGAGGCAGAAUUCUGGCUAUCCGGAGGCAAGCUUGUUCUGAUUUUUAUUCUCUUCGCCUUCACCUUCGUUACGAUGGUCGGCGGUAAUCCGCAAGGCGACGCCUAUGCUUUCGCCAUUGGAACAACCCUGGGCGACCUUGGUCGUUUUGAAGGGUUUCUUGCCGCUCUGUGGAGCGCGAGCUUUACCGUUGUCGGGCCCGAGUAUAUCUCUAUGGUGGCCGCCGAGGCUCAGCGCCCGAGUGUUUACAUCAAGUCAGCCUUUAAGACUGUGUAUUAUCGAUUCUGUAUCUUCUUCAUUAUCGGUGCACUCGCUGUUUCAAUCGUGGUUGCCUACAAUGACCCAGCCCUCGUUGAAAUCUACUUUGGCAGCGGUGACAGCAGCACAGCGGCCGCCUCGCCGUAUGUGAUUGCGAUGGAGAACCUCGGUGUCAGUGUGCUGCCGCAUAUUGUCAACGCGUUGAUCUUCACCUCCAUCUUUUCCGCCGGCAAUACGUAUACCUAUUGCGCCACGCGAUCCCUCUACAGUUUGGCUCUGGAGGGCCGCGCUCCUCGUAUCUUGCGCUACUGCAACAAAUCCGGCGUGCCGGUGUAUUGCUUCUGUGUGGUGAUGCUUUUCCCCUUCCUCUCCUUCCUCCAGGUCGGCAGUGGCUCCGCCCAGGCCAUUACCUGGUUCGUCAGCCUCGUCACUGGUGGUGGUCUGAUCAACUAUUUCUGCAUGUCCGUCACGUUCAUCAACUACUACCGGGCCUGCAAAGCCCAAGGCGUGGACCGCAAGAAGAUGCCCUACUAUGGCUGGUUCCAGCCCUAUGGCGCCUACAUCGCACUAACGGUUCACUGUUUCGUGAUCAUUUUCUACGGAUAUAGCUCCUUCACGCCAUGGAGCGUGUCCAACUUCUUCUCCAACUACACGAUGCAGUUGGUAGCACCCUGCCUGUUUAUCUUCUGGAAGGUCGUCAAGAAGACCCGCUAUGUCCGACCUCACGAGGUGGACCUCGUCUGGGAGCGACCCGCCAUUGACGCCUAUGAGAAUAGCAUAACCACCCCACCAGUGGGCUUCUGGUCCGAGAUGAUCGGCUUAGUUGGUAUCCGACGGAGAAAGAACAGAGCAGACCCCGAGCGCGACAACUAA